AUGAGCUCCGAGCAGUUGGUGUACGACGUGGAGAAAACCAACAUGAUCGUGGUGCGUGACCUGCCGCGCAAAGAUAGUCACUGGAAAUGCUUGAGCAUCUGCUCUUUCCUGCUCCUCGUUGGGGCGGUCACAGUUUUCACUCUUCUGCAGUUCGGAGCAUUUGGGUCCUCAGCAAACCAGGACUCCAAAGGAAACGGAAACCCCUUUCCUGAAGGAAUGCCCCAGACUUUGAGAGUGCGAGCCGCAGCAACUGGGAAACCCGCUAUCCAUGCCAUUGCAACCAGAUCUCAUCCUGACAAACUGGUCUGGACUACCGAUGUGAUGCCUGCCAUGGAAAGGAACAACAUGAGGCUAGAUAAGAAUGAGAAUGCUCUCGUGGUGCCUUCCUCUGGACUCUAUUUUGUCUACUCUCAGCUCUUAUUCCAUGGAGAAGGCUGCAGUGAACACACCGAAAGCUCUCUGCUUCUCACCCACACCAUCUAUAGCAAGUCCACAGAGUUUGGUGGAGUCAAGCUGGAACUGAUGAAGGCCAUUAAAUCCGUCUGUGAUAGUGAAAACGUCACCCGAGGUCACAAAAAGAUAUGGUUUGAGUCCAUCUAUCAAGGGGGUGUUUUUCAGCUACAAGCAGGUGACAAGCUGUUGUCAGACACACAUUCGGCCAAAUACCUGAACUGGGAUCGAGAGGGACAGGUGUACUUUGGGGCCAUAGCGUUGGAUUAA